AUGUCGUCAUCCAGCUUUGCAGGUGUGAAGCGGACGGCCUUGAGCUUCAAAGGCGAAGGUGGAAAGGAGAAGAAGAAGCGACGGACCAAGGUUGAAAAUGAGGAGCCAGUGGACGCAGAAGGGCAGGUCAGGGCUGCGGCCACAGAGUCGGAUGUCCCAGUAGUUCCAGGUUCAGGACGCAUUGUCACCAAUACCACGACGGUACAUGGUUUCGAGACCAAGUUCAAGGACGAGCUCGAGGUGGGCGACACCAUCAUGGUCCACCACCCUACAUCGUUGGAGGUGGAGCUGCGCAUGGUAGUCUCUGUUCUUUCCCAGCGCAGCAGCGUUUUACACCAAGCCUUCUCGAAGGCGGCCGUCUGGCCGGGCAGCCGGACUCAAGUUUUGAGACGACAAGUUUCCUGUUUAGACACAGAAAGGGACAGAGGGAGAGAGAGAGAGAGAAAGAGAGAGAGAGAGAGAGAAACACACACUGACUGA